UCUGAUUGUUGUGUACGUUUUGUGGCCUCUGAUUCAGCGAGUUUCCGAACUGCCGUUCCCUUUCCAAGAAGGACCGACAUGGGAAACCCAUGAUGAUGUCAAAGCGGAUCAAACCGGGAUUCCGCUCCGGUCCCCAGCGCGCUCUGCUCUGUUGCUCUACAGCAAUACUAAGGCAAAUAGAAAAUGCGGCAGGUGCCAUUUUCACACGCAUGGGUGUAGAAGUGGAGUACUAAUAGUUGAGGAAAUAUGGACGGGGUUAAUUUAGGUGUUUCAUCCACAAUACAGUACAAGCAAACGCAGCAUAUUUCCUUGUCAUAGCGAGGUCUCCCCUCUGCUGCUUAAUUCUCUGCUCUCCUACUGAUGGGGCUCUGACAGUACAGACGGACCCAACGCGACCGCGACACAACCAUCCCUCCUAAAACGGAAUAUGCGUAAACGCACGGCACAUUUUGGGGAGAGACGCCGCACAGUCACAGCAAGCGACUAAUGAGACAAUAGCCUAUUUCUCACCAUCAACCUAAAAUACAUAUCGUGCUUCGUGGUCGGUCUGGAACGUUCCGGGGUUUCCUUUUCGAGAGCGUUCGUCCCCCCGGUGUGAUAUUUGACAGGUCUCUUUGUUGGGUGGAGUCAAGUCCGGAAUUCUCGAUAUCGGAAUCAUCACUGGCAUCAUUUCAGGUCAUCAUCAUGAAGGACAGUGUGGUCAACAACAGCACAGCCAGCAUCUCCCAUGCCAGGAAAGCUGUGGAACAACUCAAGAUGGAGGCUUGUAUGGACAGGAUAAAGGUGUCCAAAGCAGCAGCGGACCUGAUGGCGUAUUGCGACGCCCACAUACGUGAGGACCCCCUCAUCGUGCCCGUGCCCGCCUCGGAGAACCCCUUCCGGGAGAAGAAGUUAUUCUGCACCAUCCUCUGAUGCCCAGUAGGGGGCAGACCAGCCUUAGGCCGGGCCCUGGUUCAGGCAUGGAAUAACGCCUGGCGUCUCCUCUUCUGUCUUCACCGUACCUGAAGCUACAACACGCUGUGAACGUAACCAGGAAGUGACUGCCCUUUCAGCCUUGUAGUUUUUCAACUUUUAGAGAUUUUUCUUUUUCUUUUUUCUAAUGGUCUUCAAGUGCAAAUAAAAAAACAUGUGAAAAUGUUCUUCAUUAAAAAAAAAGCUUCAUGAAAAGGCAUCUGAUAGAAGUAAAUUCAUCCACAAACACGAAUAUAAUUACACAUAUCACAAAUGUUAUGAUAUAAUCUUGAAGCCCAUUGAAAAUAUGGGCACAGUAAAGUGGAAGUGAUAAUUCCUUUCACAGUGAACUAACUUUACUACCAACUGGCAUAACAUCUUACUGGCUACUGUUGAAUAGAGGUUGCCAGAUACACACUGUUGUUGUUGGUCAGCUAGGGGCUGAAGGGUUGGGUGGAUUAGAUACCUUUUAAAUCUAGCAACCCUAGUGAGUUUAUUUGAGUGUAAAAGUCCGACUCCCGUUAUUUGAGAACGUUUCCCUUUAGAAAAACGUUAUUCCAAAUAUAAAUACAUUAAAGUACAACAACAAAAAUGUUUAAAAGAAAAAUGUAGUUUUUUUGUUUUUGUUUUACACAAUUGCAAAAUUCAAGAUGGUCUAAUGCUGCACUCUGUUAUCAGCUUGUCCCCUUGCUUGAGGAAACAAUAGAGCAGUAAUUGAAGACAAAAGAGAGAGCCUCCCCCCUACUGUCAUGAGAAUACCUGAAGCACCUUUCGAGAUGUACCUUUUGUUAAGUAAAUCAUGUGAUAAAUGAGGUUCCAGGGAGGCUGGAGUGAGUCUUUAACGUCUCCUGUAUCUUUGAUAGGUUGGUUAUUAGUGUUUUGGUUUGUAAAAGUCUGGUAGCUGUCCUCAAAAUGUGCAAGUUUUCCAGAAAUCCUGGUUGGAAGAUUCCUGGAAUUAUGAGGGGAAAACAGGAAAUCAGUAAUGCUCCAAUAAUGAUUCCUGGAAUUAUGAGGGGAAAACAGGAAAUCAGUAAUGCUCCAACAAUGAUUCCUGGAAUUAUGAGGGGAAAUCAGUAGUGCUCCAACAAUGAUUCCUGGAAUUAUGAGGGGAAAUCAGUAAUGCUCCAACAAUGAUUCCUGGAAUUAUGAGGGGAAAACAGGAAAUCAGUAAUGCUCCAACAAUGAUUCCUGGAAUUAUGAGGGGAAAUCAGUAGUGCUCCAACAAUGAUUCCUGGAAUUAUGAGGGGAAAUCAGUAGUGCUCCAACAAUGAUUCCUGGAAUUAUGAGGGGAAAACAGGAAAUCAGUAGUGCUCCAACAAUGAUUUCUGGUAAACCAGCGAAUUUGGGGAAAGUUUCCAUAAUUUUGCAACCUUAUUUGUUGGUUGUUAGAGAACAGCCUUAAUUAGUGCUUUAUGAUGAGAUGUUUUUAUUAUCAAUGUGUAUUUUCUGCUUAUUAUUCUAGAUUAUUUUAUUUACAUGCCUCAGGAAACAAACAAACGAUGGUAUUUUUUAUUUGACAUAGUCUUUAAAACUUAAAUGCUCUUUGAGUGUAUACCCAUGGUGUGCAUAAAGCACGUCAGUUCCCACUGCCCCCCCCCCCGCCUCACCUACCAAUCUAACUACCAUAUUAAACAUCCUGCCAUUUGACAGGUUGAUUAAAGUAAGACAGGUUUAUAACCUUUGCCAUAUUAUCUUUCUCUCAACAACACUCUGUUCUAUUUUACAAUAUACUAUUUUCUGAAUACAUACUCAAUAGUCUAAACAAUUGUGUUUCGGAAGAGUGUGGAUGUUGUGAACAUGUCUACAUAUUUAUUCUGUUUUCGGGCUACAGGAACCCUGUGCUUGAGUCCCUUCUGUUGAUAUCGUGUACCACAUAUUCCUUUCAUUUACAGACAAAUCCCCCUAUUUUAACAGCUUUUUAUACCAGCUCUUUUUGUAUAUCUGAGAGGGGUAGUGGGUGAAAAAACGAGGAAUAAAAACCCAUCUAAAGACCUAGUUGCGAUUCCUGCAUUUUCACAGACCCUGUAACCAACAUGCAGGUAUCAGGUCUGUGCGAAUGCUUCUCUGCUUUUUGUUACAUAUGAAAGGAGUAUAAGGGUAUAAAACCCACCUACCUAGUCGUGAUUCCUGCAUUGUCUGCGUGAAUGCUUCUCUGCGUUUUGUUACAUCUGAAAGGGGUAUAAGGGUAUAAAACCCACCCACCUAGUCGUGAUUCCUGCAUUGUCUGCGCGAAUGCUUCUCUGCUGUUUUUGUAGGUAAAUUCAUUAACACUUCCAUUGUUUAACACCUCCCUAACUUGUAAAGCAACCAGCCCCCAUGGUUUAACAACUCCCCACCCCUCCCAGUUUGCCAGUUACCCACUGAUAUGUAUUAAAUGUGUGUACCUGCAGGAGAGUGGUCAAUAAGGGGCUCAUAUAAACAUGACCUUUUCUUUUUUACAGGUAAUAUACCACGUCUUCUGUCUGAAAUGGGUAAAAGAGAUGGAAUAGUUGUUUCUCUAUAGAGUGCACUAUGGACAGCUGUCAACUCUGGGCCAACCCCUCUCAUACACACCUGAGCCCCUGUUCACUAUGUAUGGUUAGACUCAGUCAGGUGUAACAUCCAACGAUCAGUUAUUCUAACCAGGCAACUAAAAAUUAAGACACAUUUUAAAGGCAUUACACAGUAUACAGUUAUUAUACUAUAUACAUAUUACAUCUCACCCUUACUUACUCCUCAUCAUAUAGGAUCUUACUACCUGGUGUCCCCCAGGGCUCUGUACUAGGUCCUCUAAUAUCUCACUACUGGUGUCCCCCAGGGCUCAGUACUAGGUCCUCUUUAAUGUCUCAUUACUGGUGUCCCCCAGGGCUCAGUAGUAGGUCCUCUUUAAUCGAUCCUACAUCAAUCUGAUGCCAAACCAGUCUAUCCUGCUUUAACUGCAGAACAUAAACAUUUUGCCCAAAGCCAUCUGAUAAUAUUGAACUUUACUAUUUUUGACAUAACUUUUCUAUGUUUCUUAUUUCUUCGUUUUAUUAUAAAAACCACUUCAUUUGUUUCCUGAGCCUGUUUCUUUUUCCUAUCUAUUUGUUGCCUGUUGUGUCCGGAGUGAGUGAAUGAAUGGUUGUGAAUGGCACGUCUUUAUACCUUACAGCCAACCAACCCAAGGCCUGCAUGUUUCUCUCUAUGCUCCAUCCAGGUCUGGGAUUGGUCAAUUACGGAAACUUCGCCAGGAUUCCAGAUUUCCUGCUGAUUUUUUCCAACUGGGAUUUCUGGGAAAAACCUGUGAAUUUUGGGAAGGUUACCGGAAAUGUCUGACAGUGUCCUCUUUUGCCGACAGGGUUCAAAGUAUUUUAGAGGGUGCAUCCGAAAUGGCCCCCUAUUUCCUAUAUUAGUGCACUACUUUAGACCAGGGCUCUGGUCAAAAUAAGUGCACUAUAUAGGGAAUAGGGGGCUAUUUGGGACUAAGACAGAGUGUGCAGUGUACAGUCAGUGUGUAAGUCAUCAGUGGAUGUUGGAGGCCUAUUGUCUACGACACUGUCAACCCAAAGGCUUUUAUUUUGUUUUACAAAAGCAAAAUGUGUCAAAGCGUUUCCUGUUCGUGGUGGUAGAUGCCUAUUUAGCACAUUUUUUUCAAAAACAAAUACAAAAAAUAUUAUUGUUAUUAUUAGUUGUAUUUAUUAUUAUUAUUAUUAUUGUUGUAAUAUAUCUGUGGCACAGCACUGACGAUGACAACAACAUGGUGUGUAGUGCUACUGAUUGAGAUUGUAUGAUACUUAGGUUUAAACCAUUUAUAAAAUGUGUGAUUGAUACUCCUGAGUAUUUUUUUAACAAAAACUAAUAAGGGUCUGUUUACAUGUUAUAUGAUCCUUUUUAUGGUUCAGGUUUCAUCUGCUUCAAACACUUUACAUUCUGUAAAAAGGUUUCAUCUGCUUCAAACACUUUACAUUCUGUAAACAAUCAAAUUAAAAUGGUUUUGUUUAGGCUUGCAAAAUUCAAAUAACUUUUUCAAAAUUUUCACGUUUUUUUCCAGAAAUACCGUUGUAAAAUGUACAAAAGUAGGAGGGAAUAAGCAGCAAAUACAGACUUCACAAGGAUUUCAGGAAAAUCUGGGAAUUUUUGGAAAGUUUCCAGAAUUUUGCAACCUUGUUUUUGUUGUUGUUCUUGGUACUUUACAGUAGUAGCCUAGUGUUUCCUCAUUAGGUGUCAUGCAUCUUUCCUAGCCUGCGUACCAGUCUGUCUGUGCCAUCCUGACACUCUUUGAUACCCAAGCUACACAAUUCCUUGAACUGUCCUAGAACAGUCACUGAAACCAGAUAUUGGACUUAACUCAGACUUUAGUUUGUGUUUGUGUGAACUCUUCAGGGUCUCAAAUCCACCAGACCUCAGUUAAAGGGUAGUGCCAAAUCUGAACAUGAAACAUGGGCUAUGUCCCAAAUGGCACCCUAUUCCCUACAAUAGUGCACUACCUUAGACCAGAGCCCUAUGUAAUGCCCUGGGUCCUGGUCAAAAUAGUGCACUACCUUAGACCAGAGCCCUAUGUAAU